AUGGAUGUUGAAAUGCAUCUGGAAUCGAUGGACCUGGGUGAAACGAUUGUGCGAGGCAACAAUGCCACCAAUCAGAGCCGAGCGAAGGCAAUGAUAUUCCUCCGACAUCAUAUCAAUGAAGGACUGAAAAUGGAAUAUCUCACAGUCAAGAAUCCUCAUGACUGGUGGAAUAAAUUGAAAGAAAGAUAUGACCACCUGAAGUUGAUCGUACUGCCAAAAGCACGUAGCAAUUGGCAUAAUCUGAGGUUGCAAGACUUCAAAUCUGUCACCAAAUAUAAUUCCGCCAUGUUCAUGAUCACUUCACAGUUGAACUUAUGCGGCGAGAAUAUUACUGAUGGUGACAUGAUGGAGAAAACAUUCUCCAUAUUCCAUGCCUCGAAUGUGAUUUUACAGCAACAAUAUCGAGAGAGAGGCUUCGGAACAUAUUCUGAUCUCAUUGUUCCAGCCCAUCCCCUGAAGCGAAUGCGGUACAAUCUGCUAAUCCAGGCCGCAGAAACAACAAAGGCCGGGGAGAUGGCAGAGGCCAAAGACAUGACCGUCCCCAGCCUCGUCGAAAUAAUGGCAAAAGACCAUAUAAGCCCCUGA